AUGGAUAAAUUAACGGAAUUAGUCACAAAUAUGGCACAAGAUCUCAAGCAGAUCAAAUCAACAACAGGACAAACAAACUCUAAAGUCGAAGAUAUUGGUGUAAAACUUGAUAAAAUUGGUUCAGAGCAUGAGCAAAUGAAGGAGGAUAUUGACUAUCUUAUCGAGGAAAACAAAUGGUUGAGAAGUCAUUUCAACGACUUAGAGCAAUACUCAAGAAAGCCAAACAUUAUCGUAAGCGGAAUUCCAGUACAAAAAGAUGAAGACCUAUACAAUGUAAUGAAAACUCUAGGUAAAGAAUUGGAAGUAACUUUACAAGAAUAUGAUAUCGUAGCAGUACACAGAUUACCAUCCAAAUCAGACACACCUCCGAUAAUAGUUCGUCUACUAAAUUACGACAAAAAGUCAUCUUUAAUCUCCGGAGCAAAACGCUUAAAACCAAAAACAGAUAUGUUGGGUAUUAACCCUCCAGUGCCGAUUUACAUUAGUGAACAUCUAUCGUACGAGACAGCAAAAAUCCUCAAAUACGCUCAGAACCUUCGAAAGGAUAAUUUAAUACGUUUUGCCUGGGUCAAGGAUGGAAAGGUUCUGGUCAGAGUGAAGGAGGACUCUCCGGUAGUCAGAAUGACGAGUGUAAAUGACAUAAAUCACCUCCAGGAAAAACUUCAAAGCAGUUUGAGCACAGUUCACGAAGAUGGAUCGGAUACUGAACCAGUAGCGGCAAAUACGAGAAACAAGAAAUCAAACAAGCAGCAACUCAAGAUUACAAAUUAUGCAAAACCUAAACCUAGUAAAAGAUAG